GAUCGCCGACAAAGACCGCUUCACAUUUCUAGAAUUCCUACAUUUAUGCUUUCUACCAAAUCUUCCAUUCUUCGCUAACUUAUCUAACUCAACUACUCAUCAUUUCAUCCUGAAACUGAAUUAUUUCUAAAUUACCUCCAUUAUCUCAUCAACCUAAAUCAACUACAACUUCGAUUAAUCCGGUGCAAUUCGCAUUCAACUGACAAUCACGACUAUCAAGAUGUUUUCGAGAGCGCUCGCGACCACUGCCCGCCGAGCUGUCGCAUCGGCUGCCCCUCGCGUCGCCACUCGUCAAACCCUUAACCCAGCCACCAACAUUACGCGGCGAUCAUAUCACGAGAAAGUGCUUGAUCACUAUAACAAACCGCGCAACGUCGGUUCUAUGCUCAAAACAGAUGCCGAUGUUGGUACUGGCCUAGUUGGUGCGCCGGCAUGUGGCGACGUCAUGAAAUUACAGAUCCGAGUCGACCCCAACAACAAUACCAUCUCCGAGGUCAAAUUCAAGACGUUCGGCUGCGGAAGCGCCAUCGCAAGUUCGAGUUACCUGACAGAGCUUGUGAGGGGAAUGACCUUGGAAGAGGCGGGACGAGUCAAGAACACAGAGAUUGCGAAUGAGCUAUGUUUACCUCCAGUCAAGCAUCAUUGCUCCAUGUUGGCUGAGGAUGCCAUCAAAUCGGCCAUCUCCAACUACUACACCAAGAACCCUCAUGCCAAACCUACGAACCUUGCCGGCACUGGGGCGAAGAUGCCCAGCGUCGGUGAGGCAGUAGCGGCAUCGGCUUGAGCAGGAAUGUUAUCCCGACCUUUUACGAGGUGGGACUACGUUCGUUAGUAGCAUGCAAUACGGAGUAUGGAUGAUUUCAACGGGACGAGAAAAGCUGCUCUUGUGGGGAUGACUUUUGCGAAAGAUUGACAGGGGAUUGUUUCCCCUCUUAAGGGGGCAGCGCAUCGCUGCUGGGUAUUUACUCACCUAGUUUGACGUAUGUGUUUCUGUUCAGUGCUUGAAAUACUUUCAAGAAAAGAAUGAGUGUGAUGGACUUCUGAUAUCCUCAUGACCGAGAUGUUGAACUUAGGUUCUCUGAACACUCGUUUAGGGGUGUAUUAUAGUUUUGUUUUAGUAAUGAAUUCUGUAAAACACA